AUGGUGAAAAUUCUUGGUGAGGAUUUGAGUACAAAGAUUCUGAAGACCUGGCUUCUCUCAAGGAACAGAACAUUGAGCGAUGAACAGUUUGAUUAUGUACAAGAAGCUUUCAAGAAGUGCAGUCUACCUCUGUAUGUGAAGUUAGUCUUUGAGGAUGUUUUGACAUGGAAAUCGUACACACAGGUUACUAUGGAUACUCUGUCCUACACUGUACAGGACAUCAUCAACUCUCUGCUACUGAGACUAGAGACGAAACAUGGGAAGAUAUUUGUCAGUCGAACCCUGGCUUAUAUCACUGCUUCUCAGUCAGGAAUCAGUGAAGCGGAACUAGAGGAUGUUUUGUCACUAGAUGACACGCUGCUGACAAAUGUGUUUCAGUACCAUGUGCCACCAUUCAGAAGAAUUCCAUCCGUUCUCUGGGUGAGGGUGCGACAUGAUAUCGCCAGUUAUCUGGUCGACAAAGAGGUGGAUGAUACCCGUGUCUUUUUCUGGUAUCAUAGACAAUUUUAUGAGGCUGCUGAAAAACGGUACCUGUCUGAUUCAGAAUUUAGCAAAGAAGUUCACUCCUUAUUGGCUGACUACUAUCUCGGAACUUGGCACAACAAACCCAAACCGUUCAAAUACAGUGAAUCCCAAUGCAAGAAGUUGGGUCUUACUUCACUAAACAGCGAAGCAGAUAGAAAAGUCGCUGAUCAACCAAUCAGUUUUCUUUUUACAGAGGAUGAAGUAGAGGAGAAAAGAUUCAAUCUUCGAAAACUCAACAAGCUACCAUUUCACCUCAUCAACGCAGACAGAAAUUCUGAAUUGAGAAGCAUAUGUUUGUUCAGUUAUGACUGGUUAUUGGCAAAGUUAACGGCCACAUCUGUCCAGCAGCUCUUGUCUGAUUUCCUUUUGUCAAAGCAUAAUAAAGAUGGAAUCCUUCAGCGAGUUCUGAAAACAGCACAAUCUACACUCGCAAAAUAUCCCAAAACCCUUGCUAUGGAAAUUUCUGGCCAUCUUUUACCACUGCUAGCUGAUGCUAAAAACAGUGUGGAGAAAUUCCUGGUCGAGGAAUGUUUGGAUAGGAUUCGAUCGGAAAAAACAACUUUGCCAUACCAAACUUGCUACAGCACUCCUAAGGAAGCCCUUCUCUUCAAGAUAGAGCAUCAGGGUAUUCCAUUUGGAUCUUCUCUCGUGGCUGUUUCCAGCGACUCAUCUCACCUGAUAGCUUUAGCUGAAAACAAUGUCUUGGUUAUGUGGGACCUGACAACUGGAGAAGUGGAACAGCAGAUUAAGUUACUGGAUCCAGACAUUGUGAAGCUUAACAUCAUGACCAUCUGUCACGAACAGAACAUGGCCAUGUUUUACUCUAGCUACCAGAAGCAGCGGAAUCAAGUUGUGGUGGUGAACAUGUCCACUGGCAAUAUAGUCAACAGUGUGGAGAUGGAGAAGGCUUAUCCUGGUGUCGGUUUUACGGACAGUCUGUCGUUUGACUUGACCGAAACAAAAAUCAUCUGCAUGUACAAAGGUCAUUCGGCAGAUCUUUUUGACCGGCAGACAGGAAAGCUUGUCUCUCAAUUUGACAUAGUAGCUGAUGACAUGGUUCUGCUCCCUCAACAAGAUCGUAUCUUGUUUCAUGAGAAGCAGACACUGAAGUACAGACUAUUUGACGUAAAUUCUGGAGAACAUCUAGCUGAAACGGAGAUUCCCCAAGCACCAAUGAAAAUUAUACCAGUUCCCUCAGGUACAGAGGCAGUUGUCAUCUUCAAAGACUCUUUAAACUUCAAUGUUAUUUGUCUUGAUGCCAAUGAUAAGAAAUUUGGAAAUCUUCUUGGUGAGAGAAAAAUCUCUCAGAAGGCACAAACACCUCUCAGUAUUACCGAUGCAAAGUUUUCAUUGGACAAAGAAAAUCUUAUUUUGACAACAAGUCAAGGAUUCGUUAUCCAUCAUUACAAGUCUAAUCGGGAGAAAAAUGUAUUUUCAAUACCCAGUAAUGUAAAACCUGACCACAAAGUUCUGGCUUUCGAAGGACACAUGACACCCGACAGGAAAUUCUUUGUUUCGGCGUACGAAGGUCAUCUUAUUGUUUGGGAUACAGAGACCAGUAGGGUUUUACAAGCCAUGGAAAUAAGUCGCUCCAAAACAGUAGCAGCUGUCAUGCCUGAAAAUGGUGAUUUUCUUGUAACAACCCACAAACGGAAUAAUGUCUUGACAGUGUGGAAGGUCUCAUCACUUGUGUCUAAACAGGUGUCUUUUGAACCCCUGACAAUAAAAACUGCUCCACGAUAUCUGGACGUGUCAGAGACUGGACAAAUUGCUGUUAUGCGAGGAAACAUGUCAAACGAGGUGGCCAUUUUGGAUAUUCUUGGUGGCUGUAUAAAAUUUUACAUUUCCAAAGACUACGAGGUGAUGCAGCCCGUGAUAACACCUAAUGGACAACAUGUCGUCCUGAGGGAAUACAGCUCGGAGGACGUCCUCAAGGUGUGGAGCACAGAAACUGGACAUCUUUGUAGUUCUGUUCCCUUGUCAAGUCUCUUAGUGAAGUACUAUGUACUUGCUGAUAACAAAAUGGCAGUCUAUGUCAAUGAUUCAGGAGUAGCUCAGGUGAGUUUCUGGAGCAUUCCAGAAUCAAAACAUAUUCGCACACAGGAGCUAGGAACUGCUUUAAUUGGAGACAUGUUCAUGUUCUUCGAUUCUACCAGUGAAAAUAUCAUCAUUUCAGAAUCGGUCUCAUCAGGAGAAGUUGACCUGUCAAAUCUGGUUGUUUACAAUAUUGAAACAGGUGAAAAGCGAUUAACCCUCCCCCGGGUUGUCUCAAGUUGCACUCAGAGUCUAGUAAAAGAAAAAGACUUGGUCCUACUCCAACAAUGUGAUGAAGGAUCUGACAGCAAGUCGCUGAUUGUCCUCAACGUCAGGUCUGGUGAGGUGAAGCGAAAGGGAAACGUUUGCUCAUCCACCAGGCUUUUCACAUGUAAGGAUGGCCGCUAUGGCAUAGACAGAAGCAGAAAAUUGUAUAACCUUGAAAAAAUGACUUUUGAAUUUCAAUAUGACCCGGAUGGAGACUAUCCUAAAAAGCCGAGUCAACAAGCAAGUCCAAAGAUAAGUAAAGAUGGACAUGCUGCUGUGUGGCUUAAUGUGUACGCCUGCCUAUUGAUGAUUGGCGACACCAAGACAGGAAGUACAAUUAGUGUCUGUCCAAUCCAUAGCAUUCCGCUAUCACUCACAAUCACCCCAUAUAAUCUUCUACUCAUUGCUUGUGAGGAUGGACGUCUCAUGUUGCUGCAGCUGGUCGAUGAUGCACCGGAGGAAAGCAACUUUAUCUCAGGGUUUUUGUCCCGACAUAAAAGUCACAGUCAGAAAACGAAGGUGGUGAAGUACAAGGCAAUGAACAAACCCCAGGGACAAAAGGUGUCUAAGUCAUGUAAUGUUUUGUGA